GAAAAAUAGAAAAUAAUUAAAAUUUGACAUUUAGUAAAGUUAAUAAAAUGAAACUGUUUGACCAAAACAUGUUAGAAAUGCAUGCCCUCUGAUCCACGACAUGAUAGAAAUACUUGGUGUCUUGGUGGAUGAUUAAUCUAUUUAAUUAAUAACAGGCAAUUCCAAGGGAGGCAAGAGAUAGUGAGCUUGGUGAAGUCAAAUUCUACACAUUAAUAGUAGGGAGCGUGAUCGUGUGGCAAUUCUUCUUCGUGGGAGCCGUCGGAGUGAUUUCCUUCGGCUCAUCAUUGCUCUCCGGCGUCAUAAUCACCGUCCUCCUCCCCGUCACGGAGGUCUUCGCCGUCAUCUUCUACCACGAGAAGUUCCAAGCGGAGAAGGGGAUCUCCCUCUUCCUCUCCAUAUGGGGUUUUGUGUCUUAUACCUAUGGAGAGAUUAAGCAAAUGAAAAAACCUAAACAGCUUCCCUUUUCGGUAGAGACACAGGGGUGAUUUACCAAAAGACGGGAAAAGGGGUUGGGGUUGCCAAAACACGGGGCUUUAUCUAGGGUUUACCAAAAAACGGGAGUCGGAAUUCCCAAUUCCGACUGGGUUUCGAAAAGCAAAAAAAUCCCCCCUAGUCGGAUUACCCAAUUCCGACUAGGGAAAAAAUAUUUUUUUUUUGAAUUUUGUUUUUCAUUUCUAAUUAGAAAGUGUUCGAAAUUUAAAAAGGAAAAUCCCCCCUAGUCGGAUUACCCAAUUCCGACUAGGGAAAAAAUAUUUUUUUUUUUGAAUUUUGUUUUUCAUUUCUAAUUAGUUAGGGUUCGAAAUUAAAAAGGAAAAAAUAUUUUUUUUUUGAAUUUUGUUUUUCAUUUCUAAUUAGAAAGUGUUCGAAAUUUAAAAAGGAAAAUCCCCCCUAGUCGGAUUACCCAAUUCCGACUAGGGAAAAAAUAUUUUUUUUUUUGAAUUUUGUUUUUCAUUUCUAAUUAGUUUGGGUUCGAAAUUUAAAAAGGAAAAAAUAAUUUUUUUUUGAAUUUUGUUUUUUAUUUUGAGUUCCAAAAAAAAAAUAACAGCGUUAGGGCUAAAUUAUAUCAAUUCCAAAUUUAAAAUUUUAUUUAGAUUCAUGACAUAUUUUUUAAAAUGAAAACUUAGCAUUAUGAUUUUUUUAGUAAGAAAACAAUUGAUUGCUUUAAAUUGUUUUUUAAUCCAUUAGUAUUGUGAAUUUUGUUUUAAUUGCAAUUUUUGUAAUUUUAAGUGCAAUUUUGAUUUAUUCAUUCGUCUAAUCAGAUAAAAUUUCAUGUACUACCUGACUCUCAGUCAUGCGGUCUAGGUCAUCCCGGUACAAACGCCAACUUAUCCUAUCAUACAAGCAUAUAUUAUCUGUAGUAUAAUAUAUUAAAUAAUACUAAUAUUAUGCAUAAUUAGGCUAAUUAAUAACGGUUCAAUUUAAUAUUUUUAUAAUAAUAUUACGCGUACCUAAUUACUUAUAUGUGAUUUAUAUAUUACUUAUAUUAAUUAUAUAUUUACGAUAUUUAUUUAGACGGAGAUAGUAUCACGUCGUUAAAAAAGCUAUACAUAGAUCGCUAACUUAUAAUUUGUCUUAAUUAGGUUUUUUAGGAGUGUAGACGUAGUACAUUUAGUAAUUUGCAAAUUUUUUAAUUUAGAUUGUUAAAUUUGAAUUUUAGAGUUAAAUUUAGCUAUAAAAUACUUCAAAGUUAGAGAGAGUGUUUAAUUUAGAAUUGUCCUUAAAUUUUGGUUUUAGGAGUGUAGGAGAAGUUAAUUUUGUAUUUUGUAAUUGCUUUUAAUUUAGAUUUGUGAAAUUGGAAUUUUAAGUUAGUGCAUAUUAUACUUAAUAUUUCCUUUAUAUUUCUCGCAUCCGCCGCAUCUACCAAAUCAGGGUAUGCCCCUCAGUGGUCCAACCAUUAGGGGUAAGGAUCAGUGGAUCGACCUGUGCACUCAGUCGUGUGGUUUCACUCCUCUACAGACUGAUAUGCGCACGAGUGAUAUCACUAUGAGUGCUGUUACCCGUAACCGGAUCCUAGAUGACAGUACAGACGAAGAGGUCACCCAACACACCAGGACUCUAAUAUGGCAAUUGCUUGGAGGGUUUUUGUUCCCUGACACGAGUGGGGCAAGAAUACGAUUGUACUUUUUAGAGGUCUUGCAGGGUGACUUGGCUUUAGCCCGUCGCUGGAGUUGGGGUUAACCCCAUCUCGGGUACCUCUACCAUAACUUGUGCAACGGCGCGAUGUGGGAAACCAAACAAGUUGACGGUUGUAUGCACUUGUUACAGAUUUGGUCGAGGAUUUCGAUGGUCCGUCCCUCAGCACUUCAGGUCAUUCAACAUGGCCAUCUUCUAUAUGGGUGCAAGUGGAUCGUCCCCAAGUCAUAUAAGGGAUCUCCAAGACAUUGCAUACGUUUGUACCGGGAUGACCUAGACCGCAUGACUGAGAGUCAGGUAGUACAUGAAAUUUUAUCUGAUUAGACGAAUGAAUAAAUCAAAAUUGCACUUAAAAUUACAAAAAUUGCAAUUAAAACAAAAUUCACAAUACUAAUGGAUUAAAAAACUAUUUAAAGCAAUCAAUUGUUUUCUUAUUAAAAAAAUCAUAAUGCUAAGUUUUCAUUUUCAAAAAUAUGUCAUGAAUCUAAAUAAAAUUUUAAAUUUGGAAUUGAUAUAAUUUAGCCCUAACGCUGUUAUUUUUUUUUUGGAACUCAAAAUAAAAAACAAAAUUCAAAAAAAAAAUUAUUUUUUCCUUUUUAAAUUUCGAACCCAAACUAAUUAGAAAUGAAAAACAAAAUUCAAAAAAAAAAAAUAUUUUUUCCCUAGUCGGAAUUGGGUAAUCCGACUAGGGGGGGAUUUUUUCCUUUUUAAUUUCGAACCCUAACUAAUUAGAAAUGAAAAACAAAAUUCAAAAAAAAAAUAUUUUUUCCCUAGUCGGAAUUGGGUAAUCCGACUAGGGGGGAUUUUCCUUUUUAAAUUUCGAACACUUUCUUAUUAGAAAUGAAAAACAAAAUUCAAAAAAAAAUAUUUUUUCCCUAGUCGGAAUUGGGUAAUCCGACUAGGGGGGAUUUUUUUGCUUUUCGAAACCCUAACUUGUAGUCGGAAUUGGGGAAUCCGACUCCCGUUUUUUGGUAACCUAAUUGGCACUCCCGCUUUUUGGAAUGUCAGACGGGGAAGUCCCGUUUUUUGGUAAUUCCUUCGAGACACAGAUGAUGACGUCAACUUCUACAGCUGUCGUGCCGUCCAACCAAACCGUUUAAUGUAGUACUCCGUAAUUAUUAGUAGUGGGUAUCUAACGCAAGUGUAUUUGUAUCAGUGCAUGCAUGUUAGUUCAUUACGUAGUAUUUUUUAUAAAAUGGCUGGAAUAAUUAAUUUUUGUUUCAAAUGGAUAAAGAAAAUUAAUGUUUCCCAUGUUUACUCUCUGUCUGUUGAGAUCAUGAAGCAUCUUUUUCAUAUAAUUAAUAAGAGAGGGGCCAUCAUAUCAUACGUAGUACUUAUUCCCUCUUUUCGCCAAAUUGACUUGUCUUGCUCAAUGACAAUCAACUUGAUCAAUGAUAUCUUUUAAUACGAAAUUAUUUAGAAUAUGAAACUUAUAUCAAAAUGUUCCUUAUUCAAAAUAUUUUCAUAAAAGUAUAGAAUUUAUAUAUUAUAUACAAAUAUAAUACUUCCUCCGUUCCCUUUUAAUUGCAACAGUCAACAUUUCACGUUUGCCAACGCACAAGUUUGACCAUUAAUAUCUUUCAUUCCUUAUUAGUAAAAAAUUCAAAAAAUUCAUAUUUUGAAAAUUUAGAAUGAGAAGAAUUUAAUAAUAUUUUUAAAAAAAUUUAUUUAUAAUACAUUAAUGAAUAAAAUAUAGUCAAAGUAGAAUAUGUGAAUAGUGUAAAAAGUCCAAUGUUGCGAUUAAAAGAGAACGGAGGAUAGUAUUUAAAAUCAUUGCCCAAGAAAAGUCAAUAUGGCGAACCUUUUCGAGACGGAUGUAGUAAUAUACUACAUAUUGUUCUCACACUGUAAAAAAACUUACGUGAUUGACACAGAUUUGACACGAAAUUGUGCAUGAUUUCGUGCUAAAUAGCUCGUGCCCAACAGUUUUUGGCAUGAAUUUGAUGUAUCUAUGUCAAGUCCUCUGUGAAUUUGGCAAAUCUCUGAAAAAAAUCAUUUUCAAUCCCGUGCUUUUUUGUAGUGUCAAAUUCUAUUAAAAUCUCCGUCCCCUUGGCCAUACAUGCUACAACAAAUUAUGAGAUUGACAAGGAUUUGGAGCGGAUCAAUCGAUGAGUUCGUGACGAAUAGCCUGUGAUUUUUUUAAUAUGGAUUUGGUGUAUCAAUGUCAAAUUGUCUAUACAUUUUUGGUGAAUCCAUGUUAAAAAUCUUUGUCAAUCCCAUGUUUUUUCUAGUAUGGGUAUCAUGAUUUGUUUGUAAGGAUAAAUGUAGUAUCUAGUCUCUUUUUUCUAAUGUAACUGAUGAAAACGGUUAGCAACACAAGAGGGGGGUGAAUUGUGUGUGUGUGGAACCGUAGCAGUUUUUCGCCCAGUUCUAGUGUGGGGUAAAGGGAAUUGCGAAAAGUAAAGUGCACAAGGAUUUAACGAGGAAAAAUCCCUUGGCUCAAAGGGAUUAAAAACCCUCGACCUCCCUCGGAGGAAUUUUAAACAACUUCACUAAACAAGCCUUUGAAAGAGUUACAAGAGUGAUUCUCCUAAUCCGUUGGGGCUCACUUUCC